AUGGUGGCAGAAAUAUCAGCAUAUGAAGAAUGUCGCCAAAAGAGAAUGGAAGAGAACAAGAAAAGAAUGGAAGUCCUCAAUCUCCACAAGCUUUCUCAAGAUCUUAAAAACUCCUCUACCAAACCCUCUCCGAGUAAACGUGCAAAAACUCGAGUAGUUGAGAAACAAGUGGUUGUGGUUAGGAGGUCCAGUCGUGUCGCAAACCAACCUGCUCCUUUUUAUAAAGAAGUUGUUAUUGAUCGCGUGGUGAUACCAAGAAGGAUUUCUAAGGCAAGAGAUUUGUCAAACCGGGUGUAUGCUACUGAUGAAGCCAGGGCAAAGGCUAUGGAGAAAGCAGAAAAGCUACAGUCUGAUUUAGGUUCCGACUGUCCAAUCUUUAUAAAAUCAAUGCUUCAAUCCCAUGUUACUGGUGGAUUUUGGCUGGGUCUUCCGGUCGACUUCUGCAGAAGGAACCUUCCAAGGCGUGACGAUGUCAUCACUUUGAUAGAUGAAGAUGCGCAUGAGUAUCAAGUUAUAUAUUUAGCCCGAAAGAAUGGACUAAGUGGUGGAUGGAAAGGGUUCGCUGUUGCUCAUGGGCUGGUAGAUGGAGAUGCUGUGGUUUUUCAGUUAAUCAAGUCUACAGCAUUCAAGGUAGUGGCAGAUUGCCUGGCCGCGCAUGUAGCAGGAAUUUUUGGUCCUUGCCCCCGCGGGAAGGGAAAAUUAGCGCGAAUGCCGCUUGAAUAUUUGAGGCCCAUGGGUCCGUUGAUAACCUGUAAAGAUUGGUGCAAAGGGCUUCUUGGCUGUUUGGAGGUGUUUCGAACCACGUGCUCUCGAAUUAGAGAUAAACUGGCGCCGAGAAUUUCGGGGUCCUCCAAGCGGAUGUCAAAGGAUUAG